UUUUCUUUUUCUCUUUUUUUUUUUUUUUUUUUGGCAAUUUAUACCCCUCUCCACGAACUCCAAACAUCGCCCGAGAGGUGAGAACCCGAGAGAAAAAAAUGAGCUCUCUUUGCAUAUCGAACUGCAUCAACGACGCACGUGACCCACGUGUUCCGGUGAGAGCGACCUACGUGAACCUUUACAAGUGGCCGGAAUCAGAUGCUGAGUUUGUGAGGUCAGUGAGCUGCAACAGAGAAAAGGGUUCGCAAAUGUACGGUCACCCCAGGGUUGUGGAUAGCAUCUCCUGCAGACAGAUGUACCUCAGAAGCUACACAUUCUCCAGGGAAGAUGAGCUCGUGCCAGAGAAGACCCAGAAAUGUUUUGGGAGGGUCAAGAUGAAGAACGAACGUGUGGCACGUGGGAACAAGACAAAGGCUGAGCCAGGGAAAACCAAGUGUUUGGUUUGGAGUAAAGCUAAGGAGGUUUCUUGCUCUGCUUUGUUUAGGAUUUUCAGAAGGGUGUUGUCGUGUUCUGCUAGUGUAGAUGUGGUGGACGAAAAAUAUUGAUUUUUAAUAAAUUAUGGUUUGAAUUUUUUUUAUCUUCCACUAUUUAUGAUCAAGGGAGGAGAAUUUGUUGGGGCAAUAGUUAUGGCUUUGGUUUUUACGAUCAAUUGUGUAUGAGAAUGUGUGAAAUGUGAAUGUAAGGGCUGCGGAUGAUGAUAAUUCUCGUACACUUGGUAUGAAAAAAUUGUGACUUGAAGAAAAAGGUUUAAGUGGAUUUGUGCUAGCAUUUUUGCAGGUAACACUAUCCUUGGCUCAAUUUAUAUGUUUGGAGUGUGGAGAAGUUUAUCUUGAGGUGUAGAAGUCAAUUUUGCAAAAUAAAGUGAGGUUUGGACUUGGAUUUGAUAACGGGGAGCCUAGAAGGUAGCUUGGGUAUGAAAACUGCAGAGUAAUCAUAUUAAGAGCAAGACAAGACAGGAUUAGAAAUCUUGGUUGCCAUAUUCAUUUCCCUUGAGGUUUACAUGUCUACGAGACUUGCUCUGUCCCUCGAUUGAUCCCGGGCUCAAGUACUUGCGUCAUUUGUAUGGAAUAUGAUCCUUGGCUCUAUAAUGAACAGCAAAUCUCCUAAUAUGUAUAUGUAUAUUUUUUAUAAUAGAUUC